UUGGUGCCUUGUCUGUCACGGGAGGGGUGAGGGAGAAGCGGCACACGAGUGACUCGCGCUACAGUUCGGAGAACCUGAUGAACAGCAGGACUAGAAACGAGUCUCCAACAAGGACAGACGCGCGCGGCGCUUUGUUCGCUCUAUCCAAACAGUGAAGGCGAAAUCCUACUCAAAAUGGAGCAAAGACUUUUGUUCGUGUGGAUAGUUGGAAUGACACUAAUUUGCAUUUUGGUUGUGUCAGACGUUGUGUCCGAGGAACGAACGGUGAGAUAUAAAAUAUACGAGGAGGUUCGUCCGCCUACGGUCAUCGGAACGCUAGCCAGCAAUGUAACCUGGACCCCGGACAAAACCCGGACCUUUCCCGGAAUACGGUUUAAACUGAUGAGUCCAUCCCCUGGCACCUUUAUCCGAUUUAGAGAAAGCGACGGAAGGCUUACGGUCGAGGAGCGCAUCGACCGGGAGCGCGUGUGCAAGCGAAAUCCGCGGUGCGUAAUCACGUUUGAUGUGGCUUUUGUGUCCGCCGAGCAGUUCGAGCUUUUCCACGUCGAAGUGGAAGUGAUGGACGUCAACGACAACUCGCCGGAGUUUCCGCGCGCCGAGUGCACCAUCGAUAUCUCCGAGAGCGCGGCGGUGGGGACGCGCAUCCCUUUGGACGCAGCCGAGGACGCGGACGUGGGCUCAAACUCCAUCCAGUCCUACCACAUCACUGAAAACACUCACUUCAGCAUCGAUGUCAUUACGAGGGUGGAUGGGGUUAAAUAUGCGGAGCUGGUGCUAGUGAAGGUGCUGGACCGAGAAAGUCGCGCGUUUUACGCACUAAAGCUCGUGGCGACGGACGGAGGACAUCCUCCGAAAAGCGGUUCCACCAAUGUGACCGUAAAAGUCAAAGACGCCAAUGACAACAGUCCGGUUUUUGACCAGAGCCAUUACUCUAUCGAUUUGCCAGAGGAUGCGCCCGUCGACUCUGUCGUAUUGGAUUUAAACGCCAUCGAUCCGGAUGAGGGUCUAAGCGGGGAGGUUGUGUACGAACUAGGCAAGCAAGUUACAACAAAGAUAAGACAACAGUUCAAAAUGGAUUACAAAACGGGACAGUUGACUCUGCGAAGUCCUGUCGAUUACGAGGACGAGACUACGUAUGAAAUCGACGUGCAAGCCACCGAUUUGGGACAAAAUCCGGUCCCUUCCGUGUGUAAAAUUAUCGUUAAUAUAGGAGAUGUGAACGACAACCCUCCCGAAAUAAUCAUCACAUCUAUCACACCUCUAAUAGAUGGCGUUGCGCACGUUAGCGAAGCGACAAGUCCAGACAUCCUGGUGGCUUUAAUAAGCAUCAAAGACAAGGACACUGGGGCGAAUGGACAAGUCAGCUGCACUCUUAACGGCGGACAGAGCAACUUCAGACUCAAAAGAGCUUACGAGGGCAGUUACACAAUAGUCACGAUGGCACCCCUCGACAGAGAAAAACUCCCGGAGUAUAAUCUGACUGUGGUGGCUGAGGAUUUCGGUGCGCCACCGUUACGCACGGUCACCAGUUUUAUCAUACGGCUUACAGACGUCAAUGACAAUGCCCCUGUGUUUAGCGCAAAGAUAUACGAGGGCUUUAUAGAGGAAAACCAACUGCCUGGUACCUACAUCACCACAGUGCUGGCCAGCGAUCGAGAUUCGGGUCUCAACGGGGAAAUAACCUACGAGCUUUUUGACUCGGACACCAACAGCGUCUCCAGGUUUGCCAUCAUGAAUCAAGCGGGUAACGUUUACGCCCUCCAAAGUUUCAAUUACGAGGUCGCAAAGAGGCUGGAUUUGCGCGUCCAGGCCAGUGACAGAGGAUGGCCACAGCUUCACACCAAUGCUGUUCUCGUCAUCAAUAUUGUUGAUCAGAACGACAACGCCCCCUCUAUUACACAGCCACCCCUUAACAAUGGCUCUGCCGAAAUCCAGCUGCCCAGAGACGCGCCUCCCGGGUACAUCGUCGCCCGAAUAACGGCGAAAGAUUUGGACGCGGGUUUAAAUGCCGAGCUCACCUACAAGCUUUACGACGGGGGGGAUUUUGGCUUCGCAAUCGAUCCCAAUACGGGGGAAAUAUACAUCAACCGCAAGAUUGCGCACGACGCGUUCGACAUAUGGAAAGUGUUGGUGACGGUCAAUGACAACGGACACCCGUCACUAACUUCAACAGCCACUAUUCAUUUCACUUUUACCGAGUCUGCGCCUUCAAACGGCAAUUUCUACGACGAAAGACAGGAGGAGGAGCCCAAACAUUGGAUGCUGGUUUUAAUACUGGCCCUGACGAGCUCUUCUGUGCUCUUUUUUGUUGUUUUGUCGUAUAUAUUAUGCAGAAGUCGCAGGAACGGACAGAAGAGACGCGCAGAGGAUGUUCCUUAUUCUAAAGAGAAUCACGCCGUGUCCGUGAUCUCUAACCAGACCGCCAAUGUGUUUGACGCGCACACGACUGUCAUAAACACUCCUGAAAAACUCCACAGCAGCGUGCAGGCGACUGCCGAAGCGUUUGAGGAAGCCCCGCAGACCUUCAAGAACAAAUACAGGAGUGUGGCGGGGGAAAUAGAUGGAUACUCUACUUUGCCUGGUUAUGGUAAAGAGACGGCACGACCCAUCACAGUAUGGAAAGGGAACUCGAUGAUGACCAUCGCAGUGAGAGAUCCACACAUAAGCGGGAAGGACAGUGGGAAAGGAGACAGCGAUGUGAACGACAGCGAUUCUGACAUCAGUGAAGGCAUGAAGAAAGACUACACUUCAUAUAAAGGUCUGUGGGCCUGCACCAGUGAGUGCCGUAUCCUGGGUCAUUCGGACCGAUGCUGGAGUCCAUCUGUAAGCAGAACCAGCGCAAGCGUUAAUCCCAGACAUCUGUCGACCUUCUCAAGGACACGUCCGUCCUCACAGGGCACGCUGCAGAGAAGCGGCUUUGAGACGGCCCUGCAGAGCCUCACGGAGGAUCAACAGACUCAAUAUGAUUACAUUCAUGUUUGCUCUCCACAGUCACAGAGACGACAAGAUAUCACAGUAUUCACACAUUCUACAGAAGCCAUCCAGACAAACAGUCCCGCGAGAUUUACAGACGCUUGAUACCUCAAUAUCAUGUCCGUGUAUAUACUUCGAUCCUCAACUCUAUUGUUUUGUAUAUAUAUAUAUAUAUAUGUGCAUAAUAUAUUUUAAACAGUGUUCUUUUAUCAUAGCAUGAUUCAAAUGAUUGUAAUGUGAUUGUGUUUGUAAUUCACUUUGUCACACAGCUGCACUACACAAUACAUAGCUUUUUUGCAGCGACAGUAUUCGUUUAAAGGUCCAGGUUACUACUUUUAUAAAUGAUGAUAUUUACUUGAACACGUUGUUUCUUUAAAAAACACGAGAAAUAA